AUGGAACACGUGCACAUUGCUGCGCUCCGGCCGAAGCUGGACGCGCUCGAUUCCAAGCAGAUCAAAGCCGUGGUCACGCUGAUAUGGCCGUACUCGUCCUCGCAGCGUCAGCUUGCGCUGCUGCUCGCCGAGCCCGAGUUUCGCCUGCGACGCAACAAGGGCCAGGUCCGCGCGCGCUUCUCGUCCACCAGCGCCAGAGCGCUUGCGACCACGGGCGUGGGCAUCGGCGAUGAAGUCGUGCUGAGCCUGCACGGCGCGCAGUUUGUGCACGAGGGCGCGGUCAGCACGCCGGGGAAGAGUCUGGACUGGGAGCUGGCCUACACGCAGACGGUCGCCAUCUCUGUGCGCCGCAACGGAGCUGAGAUUGCCAGCCUCGAGCUGCUCGAUGCUGCACCCACGCCGGCGCCGCGGUCGCCUGUACGCCAGCAGCCGGAAGCCCCCAGCCCCGUCCCCCAGUGGGCGUCGCCAGCCUUCCUCAAGCGCGCACGACUCUCCGACGCGCCCGUCUUCGAACCGCCCGCGUACGAUCCUCUGGCCGACGAGAGCACUGGCCACGACAAGAAGCGGCGGCGCAAGUCGUACCGGGACUGGAAGGCCUGGACGUACACGGCGAGGACACCCUCGCCGGAAAAGGAGGAUGCUGACAUGGACGACGAACUGCACGAUGAACUGCACGAUGAACUGCACGACGAACUGCACGACGAACUGCACGACGAACUGCACGAUGAACUGCACGAUGAACUGCACAAUAAACUGCACGAGCCUGUGUCUUCGCCGAGCCGCCCGCCGCAGCUGCCAAAAACGCCAGCUUCUACAACCAGGACCGAGUCUCUGUCGCCCCCAGCUGAGCCACCCGGCCAUUCCGAGUUCGUCGAGGAAACUACAAUCGCCGACAGCGCCGAGGGUGACACCACCGUCGACGACGGAGAGCUGCAGAAGGUGGCCAUCCCUGUGACGACAAGCCCAGAGCGUCCAAGAGAGACCGCUAAUCGCGAGACUGACGACUACCACCGCUACCCUGCAUCCACCGAGCACCCACCUCUGGACUCGCAAUAUGACUUUGGGGGCGACACAGAGUUGAACACGGACGACGAAGGCGAAAAUGUGCUGCAUGCUCGUGCCGAAAACCCAGCCACCACAGGACGAGUCUCUGUCACGGAAGGCGACACUGUGCCUGAUGUGGAUGACGACAGUGGAAGUACUACUGACCUGGCUACUGAGCUGGGAGACGAACACGAGCAGACAGAUGAUGAGGCUGACGCAGCCGUCCUGGAAAUCGCAUCAGAGACCCCGCAGUUGGACCAUGACGACUCACCUGGUGCGAUGGAAGAAAGUAGUCUGUUGGAGGUCACCGAAGCAGGCCAUAUUGGAGACAGCUCGAUCGAGGCCGAGGAUACGACCGUGGACGAGACAGUGCCCGAAUUGGCGGACCCCUCCAACGUGGUUGCCGACUCCCUGGUUAUCACGAUGCCUCCUCCAAGUCUGCCCGUGUUGAACAGCGAUUUUGUUGCGCCCACAGCAUCAGCCAUGUUGACUCCUGCCGGCGGAGAGCCUUCAAGCCCCACCCUAAAAGCCGUAGAAUCUGCCACCUUGCCUCUACCUUCACCAUUUCCCGGGGAGCAGGCCGCUUCAUAUAUAGAUCAUGUCUCCGUCCAGCAAGACCAUGCCCCUCUUGAUGGACCAGCGGCCAAGCGCGAUGAACAAGAGCCUGGCAGCGAUGCAGAUUACAUCAUGGAUAACUCCUUCUACAGCUCCAUCAGCUCCUCCAGAGCGGGAGGACUUCAUCCAGAUCACGAAACAGCCUUUACGCCUGUACGCUUCACUUUUGGCAUGGACGGGGCUGGUUGGUCUCGCCCUUUAGAGCUGUCUUCACCGCCACCAGAAGACGUUCAGCCACAUACUGCUGACGACGACCUUGCUCAGUCUGUUCAGGACAAUGAAAUGUCGUACCCUUCGCUAGCUGACACUUUCGAGGAAGAGGCUGCCGUUGCACUCAAUACUCUCAACGAGACUGCAGCAACCAUACGUGAUGAUGCACAACCGAUCGCUCAAGUGGCUGCAGCGAAAGCACUUGAUGAUAGUGUAAUGUCAAAGUCUUCAAACGUGACCGUUCUAUCUUCAGAUGUUGAAUCGGACGAAGGCGAAGGCGAAGACCAGGUCAUGGCCGAGCCGGACGAAGAGCAAAGUCCAGAAGGAGACACUCGAUCAAAAAACGAAAACGAGCUUGCAGUAGGGUCUGGCGCAGAGCAAAGCUCUGAUGAAGAGGCUGAGUCGGAAGAUGACAUUCACGAUCAGCAAGCGCCACCUAUCAGCAGCCAAGUGCAAGAAGAGUCAAACACCGCAAACGACACAAAGACGGAAGUUGAAAAAGCGCAACCUGAGCUUCAGGAGGACAACGUGCCUAGCAAUACGCAAGCAUCCGCAACUGUGUCCGAGGUAGUCGAUCUUGGCUCACCCUCGGCCGACGAAAGUAGCGAUGACAGCGAUGACGGCGGCAAGAUUCCUACGCCGGAACCUGAUCACCUUAAGAACGAAUCUAGUAAUACAGUGUCAGAGGCAAACACCAGCAAUACUGAAGACUUGCGACAUCAUAAACCUACAGUCCAUUCGCAAGAAGAGCCUGUCGUUGCGUCAGUACCCGAUGCUUUCGAUGACUUCGUAACUCUCGAUGCUGUGCGCGAGUCCAGGACUGUUGCGUCUGCUAGUUUAGUUAGCCAUGUUGGCGAGAUCGCCAUACCGGAUACGUACGAAGAGCCACUCAGUCAGUCAUUUGAAGGCUCGGAGCCGCAGCUAGGGAUGAAUGAGCCAUUAGCGCUCAUCGAACAUCAUGACCUACCUACCACUCAGGUCGAUACUGAACACCCCGACGUAAAGAUGGAAUCGGUCGAGGAUGGCUCAUUAUAUCUGAUCGGCCAAACGGAGACGCAACACCUACCACAUGAGCCAGUCGUUGAUACGGCGACGGAGCUUCUCAUCAGAGUUUCAGAGCAUGGCCACCAACUCGGAGAACUUCAAUCCAAAUCAGUCGGAGAACUCCAAUCCAAAUCAGUCGGAGAACUCCAAUCCAAAUCAGUCGGAGAACUCCAAUCCAAAUCAGUGCCGGCCACGGCCCCAGCCAGAAACACCAGGUCGAAAGCAAAGUCUGCGGCCUCUCCCUCAGAAGAGGAUGCCUAUGUGUCCAAGCUCAACAAGAGCACGCGGUCAACAAAAUCCAGGGCUUCUUUGGAUUCCACGAAUCGUGAUACAGUAUCACCACCGCAAAUACGUGCAAGGACUAGAUCCACCGUCACUCCUACACGGGACACGGCGCAAAAAUUGCCUUACAGCCUCCGCUCACAGUCCAAGCACCUAUCACCUGACAAAACCAUGGCAGCUGCUCGGGACACACCUGUACGCAGAAGUUCUCGCAAGCUCGUAAGGAGAGAUACCGAUCUUGACAUCGUUCCAUCCCAAAUGGAGAACCGCAAUCUUUUCGGCAGCAUGUUUGAGUCUUCUCAAGAGCUUGGGUUCGGGUAUUCCCAGGCCUCGCAAGGUAGAUACUCCGAUGUUGCCUUUGUGAAAGACUCUGAGGAGGACAUAUCGCGUUCGGAGGAUUCCUUAUCUACCGCGCACUACUCUAAUGACUCGGCCAAUGCUGGCGAGCAGAUGCUCACUAACAUAAGUGACACAGUUGAGGCUGCUGACGGAGACUCUAAUGAGACUCGACUGAAGCCACCGCCAGCAAGCAUCUCACAAUCGCAAUCUCGAAUUCGCUCAAGAUCGCGAUCGUUGGAGAAACAAAGCACAGUUGUGUCUCCGACCCAGCCACAGCACUCUCCUAGAAGAUCACUCCGUUCAGCGCGUUCGACGUUCUCUGCGACCCCGGGCUCUCGCGUUACGCGCACAAGCAAAGGUCUUGCACAGACGUCUUCUCUUGCUAGAGAGACAGGCGAGGCGCAGACGGACCAGGCCACAUCUACUGCUGAGCAAGAGUAUGUCACCUAUCCCGUAUUACCAGGUGAAGGCGUUUUAAGAAGCUCGCCACCGGCACCGACCGCCCUUGACGAUACCUCUUACACGUCGUUCCCUGCGACUGAGCCAUCUUCUGCGCAGCAGUCUGCCGUUUACGAGAGUCAUUCCUCCACCCUGGAUGUCUCGCAACAAACAGCGAUGGAGCCGCCACUUUCUUUCCAAGCCCGUCAACCCGACCAAAGCUUGCUCGUCGCGCCUGACCUCACACAAACAACCUCCGCAAGCGUCAGUCUUCGCUCUUUCGACAUACCUCUGCCUGGGGUACAGACACAGCCCGCUGUGGCAUCUCCAAAAACACGGACUUCCCCACGCCGCAAGCCCGCCAUCACAGAGCUGGCAUCCUCAUCUCCCACUCGCCAAUCCUCAGACGCCGUCUCCGCCGACGACGAAGACGCAACUCUCCUACCCAAACCAGAGCUGCCCUCCAUCGGCCUCUCCACCCCACUAGCGUACUACACACCCCUGCGCGAUCUAAUCUACUUCCUCAACCGCUCGAGCCAAUUCCACUCGUCCUCAAACCCAGACAUCCUCGCCCUCUGCACAUCCCCCAGCACGGUGCCCUCGCGCGCCAAAAAGGGCCCCCGACACUGGACCACCACGCUGCACAUCACCGACCGCUCCCUCUUCCCGGCCGUCCGAACCGUAAACGUCUUCCGCGCCUACCAGUCCGCGCUCCCCGAGACCCACGCCGGCGACGUCGUCCUGCUGCGCGCCUUCGCCGUCGAGAGUCGCAGGCGCGAACCGCUUCUGAAAAGCCAGGAUCAGAGCAGCUGGUGUGUCUGGCGCUUUGGGAAGCCCGUCUGGGGCGCCAACAAGGCGAAGUGGGGGGAAUUGAGGGCUAGGGAGGAGGUCAAGGGACCGAGUGUAGAGAGGGGUGAGGGCGAGUGGACUGAGGUGGGGAAGUUGAGGGGGUGGUGGGUGGGGAGGGUCAAGGGGGAGUUGGAUGGAUCGGGUGAAGAGAGGGAGACGAGGAGUCAGAGUAAGGGCGCUGUUGAGGUCGAGGUCGAGGAGGUAGAAGGGGUUGAGUAG